AUGGAGCUGAAGGCCGAAAACUUAAGACUAAACAAGGCUCUGCAAGAUCUCCAACAGCGCUAUGAUCAUUUGGAUGCGUCGACUACGAAGCAAAUUCAGAAUUUAAUCGACGAGAACGAAAUGCUGGCGGAGGCCAAUCGAUUAUUACUUGAAAAACAGGCGCAGAAUUCCCCGAAAUCAUCUGAAGACGCAUUCGAUUUCUGUCAAGUGCCAGACGAGCUACUGCUGCCCGGUCCAGCGCUGAAAAUACAUCCAUUGAUUGCACUUGAGAAUAUACAUUCGUUUGGAAAUCUACUGAGUGUCAGUACACAUGCAUCAAGGCCUGAGAUUGUCAUCACGGGUGGAGCAGACAAGUCUAUCUGUGUGCACGACUGGAAAACGGGUCAGAGACUUUGCAUGGUGGAAACUAGCGCCCCAGUGCUGGCCCUAGCUUUUAAUCCGAAGCCAGAGUUAGCUGAUUACUUUGUGGCUGCAGGAAUGGAUGCAAAGCACGCAGUGUAUAAACUCGAACAGCACGAAGAACAGUGGAUUGUACGGUUGGUAUGCGAGUUUCAUGAUCAUAAUCGACAAGGCGCAUUUAAACUUGCCUGGAGUGCUAGUGGAUUACUUUUUGGUACUGGCUCAAGUGAUAAAUCGCUGAAUAUCUAUCAGUGCUCGCAACUAGGGGGUCCAGGAGAGUAUGUAGAGAAAAUCAAGUCAUUUUACUUUAAUGGAACCGUAGAGGCCAUGGUGUUCGCUCCGACGAUCGGAUUAGAAAGCAAUGUUGCAGAUGUCCACGAGCUACUAGUGGUCGCUGUGAGGGAUGACUGUUACGUGCAUUAUAUCGACUGUUCUACUUUUGAAAAAGAGAGAGUAAACAUGAAUCCAGACGGCAUUGAGCACGUCUCGUAUACGAUCAUGGACCUCAAUCUGUCGCCGAGUGGCAAAUUUCUUUUAGCAGCCACGGAUUCCAAUCGCAAUUUUAUCUUCACUAUCAAGCAGAAUGUGAUUCUGAGAAAUUUUUACGGACACAAGGCUGGGCCUUAUAGCCAGCCUCGCGCUGUCUGGCAUCCAUCGGAAAAGUACAUUAUUUCUAAUACUGAAGAUAACGGCAGCAUCUAUGUGUGGUCUAUUGCGUCUGAACAAGUUGUGGAGACACUGGAUGCCCAUGAGGCGUUGGUGCGAGACCUAACAUGUCCAGCACCUGGCUCUCCUGCAACAUCGGCGAUGCUCGUAACAGUGUCGUAUGACAAGCGCUUGAAAGUUUGGGAUAUGUGUCACGCAGAGUCUAGUAUCAAGAUACUGUAA